AUAAUUAUAAUAAACCUACUCUACCAACAUUUAAAAAACUGAAUUUGUAGUUUUAUGCCAGAUCAAUCCUAAUCUUCAGUUAUUGGAAAUAUAAUAGUUUAUGUAGUUAAAGAGAAACAAGACAUCUGAAGUGCUUAAUUUAGUCAUCAAAAAUUCUAAAGAGAAAAGCCAUGAACAUGGAGGUGGAGAACAGACCUGGAAAGAUAAGUAUCCCUGGAAGGUCCAUCCUUCCAGGAGCAAUGACUGUUGAACACAGAGAUUACCCACACUACUGUGAUUUGUUCAGAAAAAUGAACAUGCCUUUUGUGAAAGGAUUUGAGGACAGACAUAACUCUAACAGAUUCGAAAAGAAAUUCAACACUACUUUUCUUAAAUUUCAUCCGUAUCCCCCUUCAGUCUUGCCAGGCUAUCAUUUAUACUAUCCAUAUCCCCCACCAUAUGGGUCAGAAUACCCAUUAUUUCCACUCAGGGAUGAUGUGCCUUUAGGUGAUUCCUGUUCGGGGCUUAUGAGUGCUGGUGGUGAUGCUGAUUUAAAGCCUGGCAUUGGCAAACGCAUACCAAACCUAGUGAGUUUCAGUGAUGUGAAACCUCAACAUCGAGUACCCAGACCAGACACAGGAUUUCAAACAACAAUAAAAAGGCAAAAAAUUCUAUCAGAAGAACUUCAACAGGACAGGAAAUGGAAUUCCAGGGCAGUACCAGAUGUUUCCAUCAGAGCAAGACUUGGAGGUUGGACAAGCCCCCUGAAAGUUACUCCUUUAGAACCCCAACAUGAAGCAUGCUCAGUAACUCACACAUAUGCAUUUGAUGAGGAGACAACAUCCACAGAUGAGAGUGAACAGUCCAUUCAACCAAUUAAGAAAUACAAUACAAAGGAGUCAUUUUACAAGUCCUCUACACAAAAAGCUUAUGAAGUUGUUCCUUGGGACAAGAUGCUACCACCAAAACUUGAUCCAGAAGAAACCACACUGGAAAAAGCUGCUGAUCUCAUCUCACAGUGUUUUACACUGAAAAGAUAUGAAAGGGAGCCAGCAAUAACCCAGAUGGUCGGUGGACUCUGGGACAGAUUUCAAACAAGAUCUUUCUUGGCACCCAUCAAACCAAUUAAUUUUGUGAGUCCAAGUUCUAGAAGUAAAUACAUUCCUCUCUAUACUGGACACGUACAGUCUACAAAUGCUGAUGAUGUUGACAACCCUUACGGCGAUAUCACCUCUCUUGCCAAACCGCGGCAUGCUCGACCUCACUAUACAAACACAAAUCGUGCUGCCAAUAUUCCAGGAUACACGGGCAAGGUUCAUUUCACAGCCACGCACCCGGCCAACUCCAGGGUCCCAUCCACAAGCCCGUCACCAGAUUCAGAGCUGUACAGCGUCUUACGGAGAGAAAUGAAAGUUGACCGGUUCCGUCACCAGGCACCACUGUCCCGAAUGGUCACAACAGUGAAACCCUGCAACCCCUUCGCCAAGACUGAGAAGGAAGUCGUGGACUAUAGGCAAGACCGCUAGGAGCCUUCCUGACCCUCUGACUAUGGGAGGCCUCAUCCAGCAGCUCUGGGAAUAAAGGAGCUGAUGUAUUUCCAUCACAUU